GCCAGUCUUCCUGUUCUGAGUUGCAGCAGUAGAUCCGAGGGCGGAGUGGCGGCAUUUGUGGCUUGCUGGGCUCCUGGACAGACAUGGCGGAGCAGGGAGCCGGCGGGGACUGGCCCCAGAGAGCUGGAGCCACAGGGGGCCCCAGCCAUGAAGAGUGCCAAGGCCGGACAGGAAUAACAGAUGAACAGAUCCUACAGACCGGAAAUAGGCUUCUUGAAGGGUUCAUUGCUGACCGAGUGCAGCGGGCUCCUAACAGACCUCCCGUUAAUGUGCCAGAGCUGGGCAUGGCACAGCUGAUGGAUCCUGCAACCAAGGAGCUGAGUGAGUGCCUGCGGAAGAUAGGGGACGAGCUGGAUGGAAACAUGGAACUGCAGAGAAUGAUUGAACAGGUGCAAAGCAAUUCUCCCAAGGAAGUGUUUUUUAAAGUGGCUAUGGAAAUGUUCGCUGAUGGGAAUUUUAACUGGGGAAGAGUUGUUGCACUCUUCUAUUUUGCCUCCAAACUUGUUCUCAAGGCACUGUUUACACAUGUUCCAAAUAUGAUUAAAACCAUCAUCAACUGGACAAUGGAAUACCUCAGAGAGCAUGUUGUCCAGUGGAUACGGGAUCAAGGAGGCUGGGAAGGACUAAUUUCUUAUGUUAGCACGCCUACUUGGCAAACUAUCAGUGUCUUCCUCGCUGGUGCAAUAACUGCCGCCCUUACCAUCUGGAAAUUGCAUUAAGUCUUCUUUCAGUCAUACUUGGAGCUGGUCAUUUUAAGUAACUUUUUGAACCGGAAGCACAAAGAUUAUUGGAAUUCACUUGAGCACUCAAGCGAAUAUUGAAGACCUAGCGCUUCCAUCAGGGACUUAAUAACUUCUUGUGAGCCUGGACAUGGUGAUCACGUACCUACAAUGUCAUCCAAUCUGUCAUUUUUUGGGGAGAUCACGUGUUUAUUCCUUUUUAUUUGUAUUUUUCUCAAUCUUCUUUGAUUAAAUACUUGAAUUAAUGUUCUUUGCCCCUUCCCCAAAGAAAGGAGAGAAAGAGGAAAAAGGAAAUAAAAUAAAAUAAUGUAUUUUA